AUGGACAUCCAAGCACGAUACCAAGGGCCUGCACUACCACAAAUUUCCAACAAACGUUCGCACUCCGCAAUCAGAUUCCCGUUCACAGCAUACUCAGAUGCCCACGAUUUACUAGCAGUCGUCACGACUUCCUGGGAUGUCAGCGUCUUCCGCAUAGCAAGUGGCCAACUUGCCUUCACUGUUCGACAAAAGAGCAAGACUACGGAAGUCACUGCCUUGGCCUGGAGACCCGAUAGCAGCUGUCUUGGCGUCGGCUGGACCGAUGGCACCUACGGCAUUUAUGAUGGCGGGCAUGGGAAGCAGAUUGCUCUUGGAUCCCUGAAGGCCGAAGGAGAGGAAGAGUUAUGGAAGCUGGACUUAGCGCUGAACUUGGAGGAGAAGAAGCCCGACGUGGAAGUUGAGCAUGGGAAGGUGGCGUGUUUUGGGUGGAUGGGCCAUGAUCUGAGCCAGAAUGCACCCAACCGACCGCAGACUGGACUGAAGACUACUGAGGACUGGCAUGAUGGGGUUGAGGAUGUUGAUAGUGCCAUUGGCGGCAUGCAGAAUCACGGCCAAGCAUUGCCCGAUCUUCCAAGGGCGAUCACGACACUGGAUGUUACGAAAGUGCUGCCGAGGCUGAGCACGAUACCUUCGCACUUUACGAUGCAGCAGAAGCAGGUUGCGGCGGUGAACAAGUUCAGCACCCAGCAGGCUACCGACAAUAUGUUCUCCCAGGGCGAGGGAGCGUAUGCACACGAAGCUGUGCAGAGCUUGGUCGUUUGUCAAGACAGUGGCGAGUCGACUGUGCUUUUGGACGAGACUGUCAGAAUUGGGACCUGCAAUGUGCAAGGCCGCCCGAUUAUACAUGCUGCGCAUUCAGAAAGCCCAAGUCACGCAGUUCUAUGCCAGCACGACGGUCACAGCCACAGUCUCAGUCUGAUUGAUCUUCCUCUACCGACACUUGGCGGGCCUGUACUUCACGUCAUCACCUCCAAUACCAAACGGAUGCAGACCUUGUUGGAGUACAUAGUGCAGAUAGCACGGUGUAUGGACCACGACUGGAAGACGAACAUCAUUGUCCAAAAUCGAUUCUUCGGGAGUCUAGAAGCCUUGCUCGAGAACACAGACGAGCCGAGCGCGGUCGCGAAUUUGUAUCAUUUAGCCAUGACUGGAGCAUAUAAUCCGCAGCUCCUUGAGUGGAUAUCCGACGUGAUCAAAGACCAGAACCAGAAACGAUGGGACCAGGUCAUGUCUGCUCUCUACACCAAUAUCCAAGCGCAUAUCUUCACCAACUUACUGCCUGCACUUGAUCGAAUCACAAUCGCAGUAACGACACUAAGAGGUCUCGCUACGCUUCACGAAGGCUCGAGCAAAUUCGACUGCGAGCCUGAGCUCUUCAGCAAGAUUCUCGCACCCAUCGACAGCCUCAGGCUCGUAGCUCAGCAUAUGCAGUCGACAAUCCAGACUGAGUACCGGCAGUUCAAAGCCUUUCUGCGAUGGCUCAAGAUGCAAGUCGAGAUUUCUGUUGCGGAACCACUAUCUGCCAGUGCUCUCGAAGCUGAAGAUCGAGAAGUGCCGAACCUGGACUUCUCGCUGAUCUUACCGUUUAUUCAGAACUCUCUGAAAGAGAGCAAGUUGAAGACACAUAUUGAGCAAAGACCUGGCGUGGAAGGUGAGUGUAGUCGGGAUGAGUUCUUCGCGAGUCCGAUCAUCCGCGAUGUGGACUACGAGAAAGCAAAAGUCGUACUCAAAAAGCUCGAAGCUCUGCAACCUGGUGAGCAGUUACUCUGGAAGGAGGUUGAGGAUCCAGCCGCGCUACUCAACAUCCCUGCCCUGAUCUGCGCGCUAUCUGGACACAUCCGCGUGGCGUUGAAGAAGAUCACAGAGUGGCAGAGUAGAAUGCUGCAGAAGCCCAUCGAAAUCCCGCUAGAUCUGGACAGUAGUGGCAGUGCUGUGGUCUCUGAUAUGAAGCUCCGUCCAAUAGCAGCAGCAGCAUCCUCAUCACCAUCACCAUCAAAAGAGGAAGGCAGCAUCACAACCAUCCUCCUAACCCACAAAGACCACAUCGAAACCCUCUCCAUCACCUCCUCAACCUACGCCUUCUCGAAACGCCUCUCCACCCAACCACCCGAAACUCAAUCUCACCACUACGCCCUCCCCAGCGACGCCGAGAUCCUGGACGCGAAAUGGGUCCCACGCCACAACGUCUUCAUCACUCUCCUCCGAGCCGACGAUGGACAAGGUAGAAUCUUGCUCCAUCCACAGACUCCAGGAGGGAUUAGCCAAGACGCGCAGCUUCUUCAUCUUUUCCCUACGAAUGUGCCGUUCAGACCGAUGAAGAUGGUGGUUGGCGGGCGAAGGAAUAGAUUGGCAGUUGUGGUGUUUGGGAAUAGGGGAAGGGAUUGGAAGGUGCUGGAUUUGGAGGCGGGGUUGAGGAUCUCGAGGAUUGCAGGAGAAAUAUCGGCGAGGAGGCGGGAGGAGGGUGGUGCUGGUGACGGUGAGGGUCAUGAUGGUAUGGAGAUCGAUGCGUGA